AUGGUGGAGAAGCGCUGCCCGCUGCAGAGGGACGGCGUGUACCGCUGGUUCUCGGAGCUGCCGUCGCCGCAGCGCGUGGAGUUCCUGUGCGGCCUGCUGGACCUGUGCAUCCCGCUGGAGCUGCGCUUCCUCGGCUCGUGCCUGGAGGACCUGGCGCGCAAGGACUACCACUCGCUGCGCGACUCGGAGAUCAAGGCCAACAACCCGGCCGACCUGGGCAGCCUCACCAACCUGACGGACGAGGUGGUGCGCAGCAAGCUGCUGGUGUCGCUGGCGCUGCUGGGCUCGGAGCAGCGCGAGGCGGCGGGCGUGCUGUACCGCACGCUCACGCACAUCGACUCGGUCAUCCACAACUAUGGGCUGCAGCUCAACGAGGGCCGCACGGGCGACGAGUUCCUGCUGCUCUUCACCAUGGCCUCCAACCACCCGGCCUUCAGCUUCCACCAGAAGCAGGUGCUGCGCCAGGAGCUCACGCAGAUCCAAAGCAGUCUGACCGGCGGCGGGGGCAAGGGCGCGCCCGGGACCACCUGCCCGGCCUGCCACAAGAUGGCUCCGAGGACAGAGACCGCUGUCCAUGGCGUGGCCCACAGUCUGGAGAACGCCCUGCAUACGUCAGCACAUUCCAUAGAGGACUCGCUCCCCAAGAGGCCUGUUGGGAAGGCCUCCAAAGUGAGCGUUGAAAAAAUAGACCUGAAGGGUUUAUCAAACCCGAAAAACGACAGGAACAUUGAGUGUUCGUUUGAGGUCUUGUGGUCUGAUUCUUCAGUAACAUCAGUAACCAAAUCUCCCUCUGAAGUGACUGAGUUGAUUUCAAAGCUGUCUGCGCUGCACCCCGAGGAGCACCUGGACAAGUUCCCGCCAUGCCUGGCCGGCCCGGAGUCCUUCUACCUGGAGCGAAGCCACAUGGAUCUGGACACGGAGCUGAGGUAUUUGGCUUCGUUACCUGCUCAUGUAUUAAAAAAUGACCAUGUCAAGAAAUUUUUCAGCACUUCAUCUCCCACCCAACAGCUUCAAAGUCCAAGUCCCAGCACCCCCUCGCUCUCUAAAGUGGGCAGCAUGCUGGGCGUGUCCGGAAGACCCGUGUGUGGAGUGGCCGGCAUCCCGUCCUCCCAGAACAGCACCCAGCACCACGUGCAGCACUCGGCCAACGCGGCCACUGGCCUGGCCCACUGUGCUCACCCAGCGGGCGCCGGCUCGGCGCUGACCUUCCGAGCCCCAAUGGACGCCUCGCCCGCCAUCCUGAUGUCCUCUGGCCUGCAGAGCCCACAGACCCAGGAGCAGAACGGCAUCCUGGACUGGCUCAGGAAGCUGCGUCUGCACAAGUACUAUCCGGUCUUCAAGCAGCUGACCAUGGAGAAGUUUCUGAGCCUUACAGAAGAAGACCUGAACAAGUUUGAAUCCCUCACGAUGGGCGCCAAGAAGAAGCUGAAGACCCAGCUGGAGCUGGAAAAGGAGAAGUCAGAAAAGCGGUGCCUGAACCCCUCAGGCCCCCCCUCAGUCACCAGCAGUGGCGUGGCGCGUGUGCCCCCCACCAGCCACGUGGGGCCCCUGCAGCCUGUGCGUGGUACUCAUGCUGCAGAGCUGCGCGUGGAGGUCGAGGCGGUGGCGCACCAGGCGGCCCGGGAGGGCAGCUCGUCAGAGUACUCCAGCUCCUCGUCCAGCCCGAUGGGGGUGCAGGCCCGCGAGGAGAGCUCGGACAGCGCUGAGGAGAGUGACCGACGUGCGGAGGUCCACCUGGACGGCCCCGAGAAGGAGAAGCCACUGAUGCUGCUGAACCACUUCCCCUCGGGCUCAGCCCGGCCCACGGCCCAGGUCCUCCCGGUGCAGAAUGAGGCCGGCUCGGGCACUGGCCACCACGCGCUGCCCCCACAGAUGCUGCCCGCGGCCCCCCACCUGGCUCCCAUGCGGCUGCUGAGCUCCGUCCACAAAGCUGAGCGCGGUGCCGCAGACGUGAAGCUGCUGUCGGCCUCCAUGCACUCGCUCCUGUCCCUCGACGACAGGGCCAAGGUCUCGGGACCCAGAGGCAGCAUCAAAGUGGACAAGGGCUUUGGGAGCGCCCUGAUGGACGUGCUGCCCGCGCCCGCUCCCCACCAGCCUGUGCAAGUCCUCACCGCUGUCCCCGAGGGCAGCUCUCUGUCCCCCACCGUCUCCUUUGGCCCACGGGCCAAAGUCGUGCAUGCCUCGGCGCUGGACCGGGUGAUGAAGACAGCCCCGCCGCCCGCGCUGGUGGUGGACACGAGCGCCGCGGCCUCGGGCGCCUCCAGUGCCGUCUUCCAGGUGGGCCGGCCACCCAUCAAGCUCCUCAUGUCCUCGUCAGUCCCCACAGACUCGGCAGUGCCCGGGCAGACGUCCUGCGCCAACAGCGUGCAGAUGAGCGUGCCCCCCACCAUUGUACCCCCCCGGACGGCGCUGUACACAGCCAACACCAAAGUGGCCUUCUCUGCAGUGAGCAGUGUGCCCGUGGGCCCCGUGCCAGGCAGCUUCUGUGCCAGCAGCACCGCCGCCUCCGGCAGCCACCCGUCCACCUCAUUCACAAACCUGACCAGCUGCCCAGCCCCCAGCCCCAGCCCCACGCUCCCCUCUGCCCCCGAGAGCAGCUUCUAUGGCGGCGGGGGCAGCGGCUCCGCAGGCAGCGUCCCCACGUCCACACAGAACCAUCACCACCAUCACCACCAUCAGCAGCAGCCGUCGGCUGCGCCCCCCGCUCCGCCUCCGCCAGGCUGCGUGGUCUGCACCUCCUGCGGCUGCAGCGGGAGCUGUGGGUCCAGCGGCCUGACCGUCAGCUACGCCAACUACUUCCAGCACCCGUUCUCGGGGCCGUCCGUGUUUACGUUCCCCUUCCUGCCCUUCAGCCCCGUGUGCAGCAGCGGCUACGUGGGCGCCCAGCAGUACGGCGGCGGCUCUGCCUUCCCCGUGGUCCACUCCCCGUACAGCGGCGGCCUGGCCGCAGACUCCGUGUUAGGCGGCCAGUCCACCUUUGCCGUGCCCCCCGUGCAGAACUUCAUGGUGGGCUCGGCUGGCGUCUACCAGGCCCAGGGGCUGCUGGGCAGUGGCAGCAACUCCGGCCACAAGAAGAGUGGGAACCUCUCCUGUUACAACUGCGGGGCCACCGGCCACCGGGCACAGGACUGCAAGCAGCCCUCCAUGGACUUCAACCGGCAAGGUACGUUCAGGUUGAAGUACGCCCCUCCCGCCGAGACCCUGGACUCCACAGAUUGA